CUGUUUGGGCAGGAACGACGCAGCACCGCACUACCCAUAGCCGCGCUUGAAACACUACAUCCCUGACAUUCGUUCGGUUGCAAUACAAACGAUUGUCGUCUUAUCAGCAGUUUCAUCAGGCCGUGUCCUAUCUUCCAGAUACAUUACGCAGUAUCCCAUCCACACAAUGUCCAACGCUCCUCCAUUGCCGACCGCAGGACGUGGGGCCAAGAAGCCCGCGAGCCAGAGGAUUCCCGCCAUAGCUCAGCCAUUCGUGAGUGACAAGGCGCGCAAGCUACUCGACAUCAUCGAGAAGUGGGUGGAUGAGGAGUGCAUUCCCGCCCAGGCCGUUUAUGCCGCCCAGGUCGGCACCGGCGACGAACGAUGGAACGGCUAUCCCUCCGUCCUCGACGAUCUGAAGAAACGCGCGCGGGAGCUCGGGCUGUGGAACAUGUUCCUCCCCCGCAACCACUACUCCAACCUGGCCGAGUACGACCGGUACGGCGGAGCGGGCGGCUUCACCAAUCUGGAGUACGGGCUGAUGGCCGAGUUGCUGGGCCGCAGCACCAUCGCGAGCGAGGCCUGCAACUGCGCCGCCCCCGAUACCGGCAACAUGGAAGUCAUCGCGCGCUACGGCACGGCGGAGCACAAGAAGAAGUGGCUCACCCCGUUGCUGGCCGGCGAGAUCCGCAGUGGCUUCUUGAUGACCGAGCCCGACAAGGCGAGCAGCGACGGCAGCAACAUCAGCCUGAGCAUCCGGAAAGAGGGCAACGACCUCGUGCUCAACGGCAGCAAGUGGUGGAGCUCCGGUGCGGGUGACGAUCGAUGCAAGAUCUUCAUCGUCAUGGGCCUGAGCGAUCCCGACAACCAGGACAAGUACAAGCGGCAGAGCAUGGUUCUCGUGCCGGCCGGUACGAAAGGUUUGAUCAUUCACCGCAUGUUGAGCGUCUAUGGCUACGACGAUGCGCCCCACGGGCAUGCCCACAUCACCUUCGACAACGUGCGCAUCCCUGCCUCCAAUUUGCUGUUGGGAUUCGGACGAGGCAACGAGAUCGCGCAAGGAAGACUGGGUCCGGGACGCAUCCAUCACGCCAUGCGAUCCAUCGGAGCGGCGGAAGUGGCUCAGGAGUGGAUGAUUGCACGUCUUAACGACGAGCGAAAGAUCCCCUUUGGCAAGCCGUUGCGAGAACAUGGCGUGCUCCUCGAGUGGGUGGCGAAAUCGCGGGUCGAGAUCGACUCCUCCCGACUGAUCGUCCUCAACGCCGCCAUCCAGAUUGACAAUGGCGACGCCAAAUCCGCGCUGACGGAAAUCGCCCAAGCCAAGAUUCUCACCCCAACCAUGGCCUGCACCGUCAUCGAUCGCGCGGUGCAAAGCCACGGCGCCAUGGGCGUGUGUCAAGACACCCCUCUGGCCAGCAUGUGGGCGCACAUCCGCACCAUUCGCAUCGCCGACGGACCGGACGAAGUGCACUUGAACCAGCUGGGCCGCAGGGAGACUCGGAACCGAGCGCAAGAAUGCAUUGGGCGGCUCCAAGCGCAAAAGCAGACGUCCGAGGAGCUGUUCCGCCGGUACAGAGUCCCCGACAAGCAGCUCGGUGGAAGCAAAGUGCAGGGAUUCACCGCGAAGCUGUGAGGACUGUGCUUACAUCGUGUCGAAACACCCGUAGGCGCCAGUUGAUAGCGCCUAAAAGCCAAUCUAUCCAUAUCUGCACAACUCCGAGGCAAGACGAUCUACUCCCCUUUGUUCACCAGAUGAUGCGGUUCCACCACCCCUUC